CACGGGGUUCCAGAUAAUCUUGAGUUUGACCAAACUGAAUGAGUGGAAGGAGUACUGACCAAUCAGGCAGGCGCGCGCCUGUGAUGUGUCACGCUUGUUACGUACAGUUACCGCAUGAGCUUGCGCUUAGUCAUUCUUGCUCAUUAGUAGGCGCUCUCAACGAUAACCUGCUAUCAGAUGGCUGCCACCCGUGUGCAGAAUAACUUCUCAAACCGCGCCAAGGCCCGCCUUGCGUUAGAACGGAAAUCGGCAUUCAAAAGCGUGUUGGAGAACCCCUUUCGAGUUAAAUGGCCGUCCAUCCCGGUGAACCUGCAAAACCUUUGUCUGGCGCGCCUCCUGACAUGCCUAGAACCGUUACCUCGUCGGCGCUCGGGAAAGGUCCGGACAAGCGCUGCGUCCAUGUCGACGCAAAGCACUCCCCAGCCUGGCGGAGGCGGGGAGCCUCAUCGCCAAGAACGCACUCUUCAAAUAGCUGACCUAGCGUCUCCAAGUCUGGAACUGGUAUUUGGAAUCAAUCAAAUAACCCGAGCGCUUGAACGUCAGAUUCGAUCCGCACGGAGGCUUACAACUGUAAAUGCUCCCGGACAGCCCGCCAUUUCGCAAGAACCAUGUUCCGAACUUGGUCUUGUUUUUGCAUGUGCUGGCGACGUUAAUCCACCCAUACUGGUGGAACACAUUCCUCAUCUAGUGGCGUCUUAUAAUUCGCUCUCUAUUGCAAAAGGAGAGUCAACAACUAAGGUCAAACUAGUUCCUUUGCCCAAAGGGUCGGAGUCAGUGCUUGCACGGGCUCUCGGCUUACGAACGGCAGCGGUCAUCGGCAUUCACAAGAAUCACCCCAUUCUUGCAUCAAUUAGGGAUAUUUUGGACAGUAUCCCCGACCUCGUUGCCCCGUGGCUUUCGUCAUCAGAAUCAUCUCAACAGCAACUUAUUCCCACCCAUAUUAAGCAGCUACGUACCAGUAUACCAAAAGACAUCAAAGCAGCGAAGGAGCAAAGGUUUCGAGCGAGAAAAGAAUCCAAACCGAAAUUUCAACCUUCUCAGCUGCCUUCACGGAAGAGCCGUUUGAUUCUCACUUCCAAUGAGGAGCGGAUAGUUACCCAAAACUUUAGCCGUACACCUAUCAAACUAUGAAGUAUGCGGGUUUUCUGCGACUUGUGUAUUUUUCGGUGUGGGAAUUACGAUAGCGGAUGUUUGUACUCGCAAUUGACAAGCAACUACACAAACCCUACAUGGGUGUAGAACCAUCGUGUAGCUUCUUGAGGUUCUCAUCUUCCAUCCAUGUUCAUUGCCAUCGUAGGCACUCGCUGCGCAGGCAAGUCCGUCGUCGAGGACUACCUAAUAUCGAAAGGAUUCAUCGCCGUGCACCUUGCAACCAAAACACUCGGCGCAAAUCGAGGUCAGUUAUAGGUAUCCGUCAACGCUGCUACGUGAUAUCCACGUCGUGUAGAGCCUCAGAUAGACGCCCAAACCAAGGAAACCAAUGGCGACUGUAAUGCGCAGUGCUUCCCACCAGGCACAGUGUUUGCCACCCCGAGUGA